AUGGAAUCUCAUAGUGAUAAAUCGUUUGAUAAUCCAGAAGUAUCCAUUCUGUUGCUUCCAUUAACACCCACUUCUCAAUCACAGAUAUCGUCCGAUCUAUCUUCCCAAAAUCUAAAUCUUCCAGAUCCAGCAAAGAAUAUUCGAAGUCAAUUCUAUUCGGAUAUCAAAACUUAUGAUACAAAUUGGUGUGCGACUUGUUUGUUGUGCAAGAAAGUUCAGUUCGAUAAAAAGGGUGUUACCUCAAAUACAAAUCGUCAUGUAAAGUCACAACAUAAAAAGGAAUAUGAGAAAUGGGUUUCGCAGCUGAACGAAUCGAACAAAAACAAUCAGGUGAAAAUUUCGGACGCACUCUCGAAGAAUUCUGACUGUACAAAGAAAAGACAGAACUCAAAACCUGUCUAUCAUGAUGCUCAUCCGAGACAAACUCAAUUGUCUGAAGCGAUCUCUAUGAACUUGAUCAUCGAAUUAGGUCUACCAUUGUCUCUAGUUGAACGUCCAGCUUUCAUCGAUUUCAUGUAUACGGUAGAUCCGAAGUUUACCAUUACCAGUAGACGAACACUUAGUCGAUCUGUUAUUCCACAGCUAUUCAAUACAGAGCUAGGACGCAAGUAUUUGUACUUGUACUUUUUGUACUUUUUCAAGUAA